AUGGCGCGUAUACCACCAUUCUCCACCACUCUUCUAUUGACUCUAUUUCUCUUGCAUACAAUCUGUAAUGUCAAUGCUUCCGGCGCUUCGCUACUUUGUGAUCACUAUCUCGUUUCUGAUACCACAAACAACGCCGAUGGAGGAGCAAUUGACGGCCAACAACAAAUCCAAUACACUUUUGAAAACUCUCAAUUGCAACAGGUUGAUAGGACGCCAGAACCAAGCAGUAAAGGAUUGAGGGGCAUUCUUUAUAAUCGCGGAGAUCCUUGUCAAAAUAACAAAACGGUAGCCUCACCUUCAAACAUCGCAUCAUUCCGAGUAGCUCUCUUCAAUACAAGCGAUCGUUGCUCAGUCUAUCAACAAAUCAUAAAUGCUCAGAAUGAUGGUGCUAUCGGCGCAAUCAUUUAUUCAACGGACACUUCAAAUAGUGGUGAUGAUGAUGAUUCAACCUCAUCCAUCAAUAUUCCGGCAUUCUACAUUAAUGCUUCGGCAGGUCAGAAUUUGGAAGAAAUGUUGAACAAUUUAAAUAGCACUAGUUCUGGUGGUGAAAUGAUUCGUGUCACUAUGCUUCCAUCACAGUCUAGCUUUCAUAGUGCUUGGCAAAUUGCUAUUCUAGUGGUCGGUUGUUUGCUGGCUGUUUCUUUUUUGAUUUCUGUGGCAAUUCACUUCCGCCUCUAUCAAUUAAGACGUCGCGAACGAUCAGCUAUUGUUGCACAACAAGAAGCUAAUGCUAGCUCUAAGUUGGACAUUUACACAUUGGACAAGUCUAUCAUUGAAAAAUUCCCUACCAUAACUUAUAAAAAGGAAUCAUCAUCAUUAGAUGAUGUACGUAUUUCGAUUCCUGAAUCAUCUUCAGCGCCAUCAUCAUCCAUUCCUGAUUCAAAAAGUCGUCGUGACUCUUCUCGUUCAAUCACCUUUAAUCCCAGGAAGAUUGGUGACCUAUCUAUGACAGAAGAAAAACGUUAUUCAAAUGAUAUGUGCUCUAUCUGUUUGGAAGAAUUUCAGGAUGGUGAAAUCUUGAGACUACUUCCAAAUUGCUCACAUUUGUAUCAUACAGAUUGUGUUGAUAAAUGGCUCAACACAAAAUCAUCACAAUGUCCACUCUGUAAAAAAGAUUGUACACCAGCAGAGAUUGCGAAGAAACGACAAAAGACAAAACAACUUCAAUCUCGACUCUCUGGUCUUUAUGCCACUUCUUCCGGUUCUAAUCAUGCAAGUGAAGAAACUUAUGAUGAUACAACUUAUAAUGUUCAACGUGGAUCUAUUUUUGGUAGAAUUAUUGGCAUGUUUGGUUAUGGUGAUUCGAAUGAAAGCAGUCAUAAUGGUCACACUCGUCCAAAUGGCGAUGAUCCUUUUGCCAUACAACAAUUGCCUCCUGUUGCCGUAAGACCAGUAAAUGUUGGUCGCAUUGUAUAA